AUGAGAAUACAACGGUUUAAAGGCGUGCUUAUUUAUGUAAACAAUGUUGAACGAGGCCAGCCUGAAAUCUAUGUGGUGCUAGAGGAGGCACAGAUUGGUAUCCGUAUCAGGGAAUCAUUUGCCAUCGACGUUGAUCGUUACUCUAACUAUCAGGAGAGUAUGGGUUUGCUGAAUGUUGCCAUCAGUGUACCUCCGCAGUACGGAGUGCGCCCAGAUGGAGACAAAACUAGGGAAGCAGAGAUGCGACAAAGAUACAAUCUACCAAAAGUAGCUGGAUUGAUGAGACCGUUCCCAGAUCAGACAUCUGCCAGCUUCAUGCAAUCGUUAACGUUGAAUGAUGUGUUCCCUGAAGCGUCAAUGAAGAGUGGUCCUAUCUACAAAGUGGCACCAAAAUACGAAGCUGGACGCUAUCGGUUCUAUCCAAUCACAGGUCAAUCUCUCAAUCAAAGAUUACAAACAUGUCGCGACCUUCAGCAACAAAACAUCAUCAACGUUCAACCUAUGCAAUCUCAGCUCACGGAAGCUUACGGAAUGUCGCAGUGUCCGGAUAAUCCAGCAGCUAUUAUUUCGGAAUGCGGAGAUUCCGUCCUGGGUGUAAGAGUCAAGGAAGAAUGGAACGUUUUUACGACAGAGCGAAGUGAUGCUACUCGCUUUUACAACAGCUGUGGACCCAUUAACAUAGAAUAUCCGGAAUAUCUCAUUAAAACGUCAUCGAUGUAUUCUGCAUAUAUGCAAGGGGACGUUGCUAGGUUCGAAUGUGUUCAGUCGCAUUGGAUCAAAGGAGUUCAUGAGUACAAAUGUGGAAUCGUUGUGGACUACAAUCGACCGAAUGAGUAUCGUUUUGAGUGGAACAAAGGGGAGCAACCAUGGUGCAGGUCAAGAGAAAAAGAGAACUUCCUGAUUUGGUUGAGUGCAAUCUUGGGAACAAUUGCUAUAAUCAUGGCAAUAAUCUUCAUUUUUCUCUGUUGCUGGUGCGUUAAGCAGCAAAAAAGAGAAGAGCAACGUGGAGUUUACGGUAAUGGCAAUAGCCGAUCUACAUCAUUUAGUAGGCAAAAGUUUGGCCCGCCAUCGUCAAUUGAAACGGAACCUCUCAAUGAGAAGCCGCGUUAUUCGGACAUACUUCCUCGAAAUGGUACCUCUUAUCGGGAGCAAUCAAUUCCUCGAGGAUUCGGGUAA